AUGAGCGCCCCUUCCGGAAAUCCCAAUGGCCCUCCGCGGAGCCAAAAAUCGAAUCCUCUGCGCCCUCUUCGGAAGAGGCCUGUCAACCCACUUGUCUCGUCAUCACGCAAGCCCGCUCCUAAACCCAAUCGACCGCCUACAAACAACGCAGCGUCGACUUCGGCGCAGGCUACGGCAAAUGGAAGCAAACCCAAUAUCGAAGAGCUGCGAAAGCAAUAUGGCGGAUGGAGCGAGCCACCCCCUCCUUACCCUUUCAAUGAUAUACCUAUCAUGACAACCAAAAAGGCUCUGCUCAAUGGAAUCCGAUAUCAUCUCAUGAAGUUUUCUCAGACCAAAUUGGGCGACAAACCUAUUGAUCCAACGGACCAGGACGAAUUUGCUAGGCCUGUAACUCUACAUCGACGUGAUGCCCGCCAACCUCCUCCCGGAAGAGUUGUGAAAGAGGAGGAGCCCGAACGGCCACCAGUAGAUGAGCAAGAGGCUGAAAGGAUGGCACAGAUCAAAGCUGAAAGAGAGGCCCAGAGAGCAAUUGAUCAAGCCAAGAUCGCGCCCGUAGCGAAAGAGGUCGCUCCAAAACGACCAAAGAAACAGAAGGAAGAGAAGACCAUGUUUAACCGAGCCCCCAAAACGUCAGCGGCGAAAAAGGAGUCUGAUCUGAGAUAUGAGGAGGCUUUGCCCUGGCACUUGGAAGACGCAGAUGGGAAAAAUGUGUGGGUUGGCAGCUACGUGGCUGCACUUUCUGAGUCCAGCGUCGCCUUCAUGAUUGACAAGUCGGUCUUUCGCAUGGUCCCCCUGGAAAAAAGCUACAAGUUUAAUGCCAAGCCACCGUUCCAGCCUUUCACGAUAGACCAGGCGGAAGCUUUUAUGACCCGCAAGGUUGACGUCGGCCGUUGGGUUAUGAAGGACGAGGAGAAGAAGGCGGGCUUGAACGAUCUUGAAGCUACGCGGCGGAUGUUGUACGGACGGGGACAAAUGAUUAAGACAGAAAGUGAUACUUUCAAGGCUGCUUCGCGCGCAGAGAAGAUGGAACACGACGAGCUUGACGUCUCGGGCGAUGAAUUCCAAGAUGAUGACGAAACCCCGCACUUUGAACGAAACGAUGAUGAGGAUACAAAAGACUCUAAAGAACGUAUUCGGCGUGAGCAGCUGGGGGCGAAUCUGUUUGGUGAAGGAGACGAGCAGGAAGUCGAUAAAGAGCUGCAAGAACAGCUGAGAGAGGAGCUGGAGAGACAAAAGUAUGGCAAGACAACGAAGAAGGCUCUAAUCAAGAGAGAUCGAGAAGAUAUAUAUGAGAGCGACAACUCCGGCUCCAACCCAUGGAGCAGCUCGAGUGACGAUGACAGCUCCGACGAAGAGGACGAGGCUGGAAAAGAUGACGAGAAAAAGGAAGGCGAGAAUAAAGAGGGUCAAGGUGAUGGCAAAGACAAGUCUAAAUCCCAGAGUGCCAAAGGCUCCACCACUCCACAAGGCAAGCAGAAGCUCUCUGAGAUGGGCAAGAAAGGAAAAUCGUUGAAACGCGCCGGUUCGCCUGCUUUGUCGGAGUCAAGCGGCAAUGAGUCGACCAGAAAGAAGUUCAAGAAGGCAUCGGGGGCGGCUACUGAUAGCCGUCCAAGCACCCCUGGAUUACAGACUAACACUGUCCGCCGUCCUAAGAUUACUGCAGGCUCUGGGAGUGAUGGGGAAUUCACAGCGGGCGAGAUGUCAGAUGGAGCAAUGCAGAAGAAGAAGAUCAAGCUCAUUGGCAGCUCAAGAGGAACACCUUCCGCAUCCAGGGCUGGCAGUCCAAAUCCCGCUCAAGCUGGUGCCUCUCCUUCCUCUUCUGGUGGGUUGAUUGAAUCGUGGGAAAUUUUGGAAAAGAUACCUGCAGAUGGAAUCACUAUUGGUGAUCUCAUCAAUCUAUUCCAGGGUCGCGUUGGAGAUGGUCCGGGCCGAAUGCCCAGACAAGAAUGGAUUGGCCUUGUUAAGCAGUUGUGUGACUAUGGGCCGGAUAAGCGCCUGCGCCGUAGGAAGUGA